UUGAAGGGAAGAGGAAGUGCUUCGGGGUCUCGCGGCUGGAGGGACUAGUUGGCCAGGUUGGGGCGCGGCGAAGGCCGCGAGGUCGCAGGUCGCGGCGUCAGUGGCAGCGGCCACCUCCGAGGCGCUACCCGAGGUGGGAAGGGGGCAGCGGCGGCCCCCGUCUUCGCGACUCGCCCGCAGAGGAAGCACAAUGUCCGCUGAGGUGCCCGAGGCGGCAUCGGCCGAGGAGCAGAAGGAAAUGGAAGAUAAAGUGACCAGUCCGGAGAAAGCUGAAGAAGCAAAACUGAAAGCAAGGUAUCCUCACCUUGGACAGAAGCCUGGAGGUUCUGAUUUUCUAAGGAAACGAUUGCAGAAAGGGCAAAAAUAUUUUGAUUCUGGGGAUUACAACAUGGCUAAGGCAAAGAUGAAGAACAAACAGCUGCCCACUGCGACCCCAGAUAAGACCGAGGUCACUGGUGACCACAUUCCCACUCCACAGGACCUUCCUCAGCGGAAGCCUUCCCUUGUCACGAGCAAGCUGGCUGGCUGAUUAAAGAGCUAAAUUGCAUGGAUCUUUAAUUCCCUUUAUUCCUCCUUAAUCUGUUACUUACCCACUUUUUUGCUUCCUUUCAUUCACUGCAUCAUUCGAGACUGACAGCGUUGGAGAUGGGGUAGUAGUAAGUGCUGUCGGUGUGAGGGCAUAGACAGGCGUAGAGGUUCCGAGUAGUUUACCAGCACACUGACGAGAAGGGCACAUUGAGCAAGACAUGUCAUCUACCUGAAAAUUCCUGUGUGUGUCCCCUAACCCCUAGCGUAGGGCUCGUUCCAACAAGCGGCAAGCAAGUUCUACAGGUUUGUUUUAGCUCUCCUUCCUUCAUCUUAGUGAUAGCUCUGUGUGUUACUCCUCCUUAACAUAACCUCUAUUAUAUGGUUUCUUCUGUCAUUUUGGGUUUUGUAAAACAGAAGUUUAAGACCACAAAUUAGAGGACAGGUUAUGUAAUCAAAAACGAAGAAUGGGAGCUCUGAAAGAUUUGUGUGAACUUGAAUGGCCUUAUACCUGUUUCAGCUUUAACAAUAGCAUUUUACUUGGGCAAUAUUUGCCCUUCUGGUAUAACUUCUGUGACUUCAGUGCUUCCCAGCUGCCAUUGAUGCCCGCAUUCCUACUUAGUUCUGCAGCGUUAAAGCCCACUCCUUGUCAGCUGUAAGUGAAGUAUGCAUGCGCAUCGACUGUUGAAGUCCCUUGUGCCAUUUUUGUAAAUAUAACAGUUUUGCACAACCUUUCACAAAUGUCUGCGUUAAUUUCACAUAGUAGAAAGUACAUAAUGUGUCAACCUGAAGCACAAAAGUUCCCACAUGAAACUCUGUCAUUACAGCUUUUGUGUAAUAAUAGCAGUUUGCAGGCUUGGGCUUCUGCAAUACCAAACAGAAGUCUUGGCUCAGUCUGCUGUAGAAUUAAGCUUCAUGUGUUCCUCAUAUCCAAGACAUUGAGUGGCCUUGUGCAGAUUGAUAUGUGGCUUAGGCAUAUCUUUGUCCUAUGCAGAACAUUUCCUUUUGACUUUCAUGAAAGUUGCAAUUCAUAUGAUUUAUAUAAAUUUUUAAAAUGUAGAUACUUUUUACCUCCAUACCACCUUUGGGGCCAUAACAUAAAAGGCUUUCAUACUUUGCCUUAUAUCACCACCCCACCCUGACUUUUUCAACUCAUGGUAUUGGCUGUUUAGUGCAUCUGAAAGCACUGGUGUCUGUAUCCUUAUUCUCUAAACUUGCUGUGCUGAACAUUGUGUUUUGUAGCACAAUUCUGGUCUUUUCCUUCCAAUUUCUCAGUAGUUAAUUGAUCACUCAAUCCUGUAUUAUUUACUGAGAUUUGACAAUUGUUUAAAUAAAUGGAACUUUAUAAUGAAACGAAUAUUUGAGAAGAUUGGCCCAGGGAUCUUUGUCAGGAUAACUGAAUGCCAGUAAAUGAUUUGAAGGACUUAAUAUGAGCUUAAAAGAUUGUGACAACUAGAGCUAUUCACAUAUGUAAAGCUUGUAUUAAAAAGUAUCUAGAUGUUGGUGUCUGCAGAUGCCACUUUAAUAAAUACCAAUUUCAUUUUA